UAUACUGGACCCUCUGCCUGCCCCUAUUAUAUUUGCUACAAGGACAGGACAUAGGCAAACACUAAAAAAGGCCAUAAUAAUAUGCUCAUGAACAUAAUUUCCUGUAAAAGGACUUCAAUUUCAUUGCUUUUGUGCGCGCUCUUUUCUUACUCUUUUGCUUACAAUUUCAUUAUUAGUAACAACUGCCCUUUUACAAUAUGGCCCGGUACACUGGCUGGUGCGGGAACUCCUCCACUUCCUGCGACUGGCUUUCAAUUAGAUGCAGGACAAAGCAUCACAAUUCCAAGUGUAGCUGGAUGGUCAGGUCGCAUUUGGGCUAGAACUGGCUGCACUUUUGAUGCAUCAGGUAUUGGCUCGUGUCAAACAGGCGAUUGUGGUGGGAAGCUCGAGUGCAACGGGCUUGGUGCCACCCCACCUGCCUCCCUCUUCGAGAUAACUCUAGGCGUGGGAGACAACAAAGACUUCUAUGAUGUUAGCCUUGUUGAUGGCUACAAUCUGCCAAUUGUUGCAGUUCCUCAAGGUGUCAACGGAGGAUGCAACGCCACUGGUUGCCUCUCCAAUCUCAACAUGGGUUGUCCAAAAGAACUUCAAGUGGUAGGUGGAUAUGGAGGAGAAGGGAAUGUGGUGGCUUGCAAGAGUGCAUGUGAGGCCUUUGGUUUAGACCAGUAUUGCUGUGCAGGACAGUUUGCAAAUCCAACAACUUGUCAACCAUCUUUCUAUUCCACUAUCUUUAAGAAUGCUUGUCCAAGGGCUUAUAGCUAUGCAUUUGAUGAUGGCACCAGCACUUUUACCUGCAAGGCUAAUGACUAUGCAGUCAUCUUUUGUCCCAUGAAUGG